AUGGCAUUCGUCCCCAGAUCUUUUCCAGCAUUUCUUCCACAUACUUAUGCCAUGACUGACUCAAUCCAGAACAUCCACCCCGCGUCGGCUGCAGUGGACAAGGACGAGCUCCAGAUUCCACUCAUUGACUUUGGCCCUUUCUUCACGGGCACACCCGCCGAUAAACAUGCCGUCGCACUCUCUAUCACCGCGGCAUUCAAGACCUCAGGAUUUGUUUACCUGAAGUCGCACGGUAUCCCGCCAUCCGUGGUGUCCCGGGUAUUUGCAUCAUCCGCCCAGUUCUUUGCGCGACCCCAAGAACAGAAAGACGCACUCGGCUGGACCACUCCGCAGUCGAACCGGGGAUACGUUACUAUCGGACGGGAAAAGUUGACCACCGUCGACGAAACUAAUGGCGAUACCCUCCGUGCAUCGGCCCCGGAUAUUAAAGAAACCAUGGAGAUCGGCCGCGAAGGGGUGGAGGGCCGACCCAAUCACUGGCCUGAUAAAAUCGACGAGGAAGGCAAAGAUUUCAAAGAGACGAUGCAAUCAUUCUUCGAAAUGGGACAGACUCUACAUAAGCAAAUCAUGCAAGCCAUUGCACUGGGAAUGAAUCUUCCAGAACAUUUCUUCGACGACUUUAUCAGCGCCGCUGAUAAUAACCUGCGUCUCCUUCAUUAUCCCUCCGUCAGCCGGGAGGUAUUCCAGAAUAACCCUCACCAAGUGCGAGCUGGCGAGCACAGCGAUUACGGCUCGAUCACCCUUCUCUUCCAGGACAAACACGGAGGUCUGCAGGUGCGUAGCCCGAAGGGAACAUUCGUGGACGCUACCCCAAUUGCCGACACCAUUGUUGUGAAUGCCGGGGACCUUCUCGCUCGCUGGUCCAAUGAUACCAUCAAGAGUACCCGUCACCGGGUAAUCCAGCCUCCUAAAGCGGGGGACGAGAGCCCGGAUACCUACCCUGCGCGCUACAGCGUGGCCUACUUCUGCAAUCCCGAUGAGGAGAAGUUAAUUCAAGCGUUGCCAGGUACCUUUGGUGAGACUGCUCAGGUUGAUAAGAAGUAUCCCGAUAUUGUCUCCGGCGAAUACAUGGUCCAGCGAUUGAAUGCCACUUAUUGA